GUGAAAUGCACCUGAACUGGAUCCCGCACGAGGAAGAAUGACUGCAGAAAGUCGCCAACCCACCUGUUCCGGGACAGAAGUUUCCCUGGCAGGGCUGAGAAAAAUCAGUAUCCAUUCAUUUUACUAAUCCCCCCGUCAUCUGUGGCGUUGCUUAACUGAAAGCAGCUGGAGAAACCCGGACAACAAUGGAGGAAUGCUGCAUGUCUGGUGACGACCUGGAGAGACUCAGGAUACACAGAGAAAUAGAGAGACAGCUACGCCGCGACAAACGAGAAUCUCACCGGGAGCUGAAGUUGCUGCUUUUAGGGACUGGUGAAAGUGGGAAGAGCACUUUCAUCAAACAGAUGAGGAUCAUCCAUGGCAGCGGAUACAGUGAAGCUGACAGGAAAGGUUUCACUCGGCUGGUGUUUCAGAACAUCGUCACAGCCAUUCAGGCACUGAUCGAAGCCAUGAAGACUCUACAGAUCGACUACAUCGAUGACCAGAACGUUAGCCACGCAGAGAAGCUGAGCAAAGUGGAGGCAGACCAGGUGUCCACUCUGGAGGUCUGGCAGGUGGAUGCCAUUAAAAGAGUGUGGAAUGACCACGGUAUUCAAAGGUGCUAUGACCGCAGGAGGGAAUUCCAGUUAUCUGACUCUGCCAAAUAUUACCUGAGUGACUUGGACAGAAUCACAGCAUCGUUUUACAUCCCAACCCUGCAGGACAUCUUGAGAGUCAGGGUCCCCACCACAGGCAUCAUAGAGUAUCCCUUUGACCUUUCAAAAGUUAUCUUCAGGAUGGUGGAUGUGGGUGGUCAGCGUUCAGAGAGGAAGAAGUGGAUUCACUGUUUUGAGAACGUCACCUCCAUCAUAUUCCUUGCGGCCCUCAGCGAAUACGAUCAAGUCCUUUAUGAGAGCGAGAAUGAUAAUCGACUGAAAGAGAGCAUCGCCUUGUUCAAGACGAUCCUCUCAUACCCUUGGUUCCAGGAGUCCUCCACCAUCCUCUUCCUGAACAAAACAGACCUGCUAAAUGAGAAAAUCUUACAUUCUCCUUUGGCAACCUACUUCCCAGCCUACAGUGGUCCUCCGGGUGAUGCUGAAUCUGCAAAAAAGUUCAUCUUGCAAAUGUACGUUGAGCAGCACAGCGGGCAUCAUAAACCCCUUUACACACACUACACCUGCGCCACGGACACCGAGAACAUCCGGGUUGUCUUCAGAGCCGUCAAAGACACGCUCUUCAGAGAUAACCUUGAAAAGUUCAACCUCGAAUGAGGGCGGUUGUAGGACCAAGAGAUGGUUUCACCUUUAGGAACAGGAAAGACAGUUACAGUCGUGUUGUAACACUUUUAUGGACAUUUUAUCUGCUAUGUGCUGUCGGCCCUCAGAUAGGUAAGGCACCUUUAUCUCAGUACUGUAAAACGCAGACAGUAUGUGCCAUUUUUUUACAACACAGUUCAUCAUAUGCAAAUGUUAAAAAAAGCAUAUUUUCUAUUGCUACAAGAGGAAAUGGACAACUGUCAGUUAAUCUUUAUACUGCACUGUUACAGACAGUUUCCCUUGCUAACAUCACUGUUUGAGAAUCGACAAAUAGUAUCAAACUGGUUUGACAAAAUCUUAUCUUGCAAAAAUGCAACCUACCCUGCCUUACAGCUCUGGAGAGAGGAAGUAAAGGAUAGCUUACAGGGAAGUAGAGUCUUAGUUUAAAUGUAUGCUAAUGAUUUUAUGUGCAGUAACAUCCAUGUAGCCUAUGAAAUUAUUUUUUUCGCUCAUUUUCACUAAAUAUAGAUAUUAAAAUCACACAUAUGUGUU